CAAGAUAACAUGCUUGCUUUCUUCUCUCGUCUUAAUACACACUUCUCUCUCUCUCUCCUCUCUCCUCUCUUUCUCUCUCUUCUCACAAAGUCACAUCCAUUUGUUUCCUUGCUCUUCUUCCUGACCUCCAUUGCUCGGCAUAUUAGCUUCUAGCUUUACUCAGAAACAAAAAAAUCAAAGUCAUCUUUCUAGUAGUUUUUCCUUUUUUUUCCUCCUCUUUCGCAUAUGUAGUUUUUCAUAUUUUCUGAUAUGCAGGAGGAGAAUUUGUACAAGUUUUUUCUCUGGUAGAAAACCACAUAGUAUUAUCGAUCAAAGCCUUUGCUCCACAAACUUUUUUUUUUCUUUUUCUUUCUUGUUAGAUUCAUCUAUAGUUUUGAACAUCUAAUCAGCUUCUUCCAUUUUACAUUUCAUCUACCAAAAGAAAAAAAAAUCAGAAUACUUUUAUACUUCUUCUUUUGUAAUACAGAUGAAAUCCAGGCAAUUUUGCGUUUGCUCUACUUAACUUUGAAGUCCUGAUCUUCCUAAUAUAAGUAGACUUAUUAGUCAUAAAUAAUCAUAUAAUUCUCUCUCAAUCUCAAGAUCUACUUCUCUCUCUAUCUCUUUCUCUUUCAAACUUGAAUCAGAAACAGACGCAAAGAUGAACGGAUUCACAGUCCCACUGCAUCAGCAACUGAUGGAAGAAAACAUGUCGAAUCUUACAUCUGCGUCCGGCGAUGCCAGCUUCUCUUCAAACCCUAGCCCGAUUAAUCCACAGGCAGCAAAGAAGAAGCGAAAUCUCCCGGGAAAUCCAGAUCCUGAAGCCGAGGUGAUAGCUCUAUCACCCAAGACUCUCAUGGCAACAAACCGCUUCGUGUGCGAGAUCUGUAACAAAGGAUUUCAGAGAGAUCAGAACCUGCAGCUUCACAGGCGAGGCCAUAACCUGCCAUGGAAACUGAAGCAGAGGAGCAACAAGGAGGUGAGGAAGAAGGUCUAUAUCUGCCCUGAGGUCUCGUGCGUCCACCAUGAUCCGACGCGAGCGCUCGGAGACCUGACUGGUAUUAAGAAGCAUUUCAGCAGGAAGCAUGGCGAGAAGAAGUGGAAGUGUGAGAAAUGUUCUAAGAAGUAUGCGGUUCAGUCUGACUGGAAGGCUCAUUCCAAGAUCUGUGGAACGAGAGAGUAUAGAUGCGAUUGUGGUACACUCUUCUCAAGGAGGGAUAGCUUUAUCACACACAGAGCCUUUUGCGACGCAUUAGCAGAAGAAAGCGCAAGAAAUAUGUCAGCAAUGAAUCCAUUGACCAAUCCUCUUCUCUUCCACCCACCUCCUCCCCCUUCCUUUGAUCCCUCCUCUAUCCCACUUCAAACUCAUUUCCCUCAUCUCAUUAGAACAAUAGCCAACGAAACCUACCAAACCAACACUUGCAACAAUAAUAGCAUGAACAAUAAUCACACACUUCAAGACCUCACUCUCAAAACAGAACAGCAGCAGCAUCAAGACUUCAGCUUAAGGCCAGAUAUUCCAUCUUGGCUUUCCACCACUACCACUUCAUCACUCUACUCUCCAGUUCUUGAACAAGACCAUUUCAUUCAUGAGAGCCACCAGUCUCUUCCUCCUCCACAGUCGCAUAUCUCGGCAACCGCUCUGCUCCAGAAAGCAGCUCAGAUGGGCUCGACAAUGAGCCGGCCUUCGCCAAUUCACUCGCAGAUGGCUGGACACAGCAAUGGCGGCCUUGUUCUACCUUCUUCUCCCGUAGAAAAAGGUUUUAUCAACGGGUCAACGGCUUCAAACCAUUUCCUUCAGAUGAUGAAUUCAUUCACACAGGGUAAUGGAUUUAGAGAGAAUGAUGGAAGACUUGAGGAAGGUGGAAAUGGUGGAGUUGGCGGAGGGAGGAAGUUGCAUGAGUUCUUCAUCAUAUGAGUAGAAUGGUAAUAAGAAGCCAUGGAAUACUGGUAAUUAACUAGAAUCUGUUAUCAGGAAACUGGUAUUAAUGCUUAUAUAGUUUCUAUGUCUUUUCUGUAAGAGACAUAUUAUUAUAUGAACUUUUGUUUGCUAAAGUAGACACUCUUUUGUACUAAGUGUACACAAUAAUGGAGCAAUUUUACUAUUUUCAACUUGCA